AUGCUUGCACCUCCCGAAGUGCUAGCAUCCUCGCUCUCCCCGAGGGAGAUUUUGGCGCGAGACAAAGAAGGCUUUGCGCCCAAGAGCUCCGUCACCUUCGGCGAGGUGGUGUCCUCCUUCAGCAGGUAUGGCAGCGUCGCCUCGAAGCGACAUGGCGGCAUCCACAUCUCCAAGUCCUUGAAGAUUCCGAAUUGCUGCUCGACCAUCAGCGAUAAUACGCUGAGGGUGGAGAGGCAACGGGACUCGCGGGACUCUUUGAGGUCGUCGCCCCGGAGCAUCCGAACCUCCCGGACGCCCUCGCCCCGGUGCAGGAGCUUGCCAGCAACGCCUCGGAUGAGCGUGGCGCAGAGGCUUUGGGAGCCCCGCCGCAAGGAGUUCCAAGAGCGCCUGGAUGCGGCAGGGGCGGCGUACCCGGAGAACAUUGAGGCUGCAGGGUUCGGGUUAUCCGUACAUUCGGGGUCGCUCUCGGCCGCCAUGCGUGCGGUGGUGGCGCUCAGCUCGAGGCGUGUGCGUCCGGCGCCUCGCGCCAAUUUGGCGCGGGCCUUCUCGAAUGGUCCCUGUGUGCGGCUAGAGCAGCGCAUUGAGGCGGAUGGCUCCCACCGGACUGGCGGCGUCGCUGAUGCGGGCCGGGUAUUGGUGGAGCACCUGAACCUCACGGUGCAGGGCGGGCAACGCUGGGCGCUUCUGGGGCCCAACGGCUCGGGGAAGAGCACCGUGGCCAAGGCGCUGCUCAAGAAGUGGGCGGAUCAGGGCUCGGCGGCGUAUGUGUCCUUCGACCUCCAGCGGCAGAUGCUGCAGGACGAGCGCCGUGACUUCCUCGAGAGCCGCUACGAGUCUCGGCAUCUGCGCGCAACGGUCGCCUCCUACCUCUUCCCCGACUGCUACCCAGAUGAUCCGGCCCACGACCCAGUGACCUGGGGCUACCGGCCCCCCCGGACCCGCACCUCGCCGCUGCCGGUGCCCUACGACGCCGACAGCGAGCACCCACUGCUGAGGCCCCUGGAGGUAGCCGCCAGCACAGGCGAGGCGGCGCGGCUGCUGCACUUCUUCGGGCUGUGGCAGUUGCGGCACCGGCCCCUCUUCGCGCUGUCCACUGGGGAGGGUCGAAAGCUGCUGAUGGUUGAUGCCUUGCUCAAACGGCCCAGUCUGUUGGUCCUGGACGAGGCCUUCGAUGGCUUGGACGUGACCAGCCGAAAAGAGCUGGCCAGCCAGGUGCAGAGUUUCUUCGAGGGGAGCCAAAGAGCGCUGGUGAUGAUUUUACACCGCGCGGAGGACCUCGCGCCGCUGCCCAGCCACGCGCUUCUGCUGGGCCAAGGCCCUGAGCAGACCAGCUACUGCGCGGGCGCGUGGGAAGACAUGGAGCGCCAGGUCCGGGCCUUCCUGGCAGCUGCCGCUUGCGAGCCCACCGACCUCGGCCCAGUCGCCCAAGGCCCGGUGGGUGAGCCACUGGUUGAGUUCAAGGACGUGACUCUGGAGUAUGGCCCGGUCCGUGUCUUGGACAAGCUCAACUGGACGGUGUGUCAGGGUGAGAAAUGGGUGGUGGUGGGUGGCAACGGCACCGGCAAGACGACAUUGUUCGACCUCAUCACUGGUGAGAACGUGCUGGGCUACCUGCAGAACAUCCACCUCUUUGGGCGGCAGAAAGGCAGCGGGGAGUCCAUUUGGGAGAUCAAGCGACAGCUGGGGGUGAUCUCCAGCGAGCUUCACAUGGAGUACCUGAUCUACUCGGACCCGCGCUUCGACCGGAAGGUCAGUGCUUGGGAGGUGGCGUGCUCAGGUCUCUUCGACAGCAUCGGGCUCUAUGUGGAGCCCACCGGCGUGCAGAUUGAACGGGUCCAGGAGUGGGUUGAACGACUGGGUUUGCAGGACCUGGUGGUGCCGCCCAAGAGUGAUCGCACGCUGGCGCUGCUGACCUCCCUCACCCAGGGCCCAAUGUUCUUCGACCUCUCCCACGGGCAACAGAAGCUGGUGCUCCUAUGUCGGGCGCUGGUGAAGAGCCCUCGGCUGCUGCUUCUGGAUGAGCCCACCCACGGGUUGUCUGGCCAGAACCGCCUGCGGUUUUUGAGCGCUCUGAGGAGACUAGCAGAGACCGACAUGGCGGUGGUCCUUGUGACUCACCGCGAGGAGGAGGUAGAAGCGCUCGGUUUCCCAAACAUCUUGCGACUCAAGAAAGGCGAGGCAUCCGUUGGCUCGCGCGAGUCAAAAGAUCGCAUUGGAUUGACACCGAGGUUUGCCUAG